UUGGAUGAGUCAUUGUUCUCUGAGGAUAUGUCCAUGUUUGUCAGCCUUGUUGUUCAAGGUCUUGUUGGAGAAGAAACAUAAAGAGAGAAAAUGUGAGAAAGAUGAGGUGCAGUACUGAGAGUGGAAGUGACUGAGCAGUGCCCUGGACACAGACCCCACCACCCACAGCUCAUAGGAUUCUGGGAAGUGCUCCUGCCUGAGAGAACACUCAGCUCAGAAGGAGGAAGGACAGCAGAGGCCAGGUGCCUUGCAGGAGCUGAAGGUCUUCUCCUAGAGAAAGGCCAGUACAGUGAGAAGGGAUAUGGAGGUGUCCUCUGAGCUUCUUCUCAGCAAUGGGUGUACCUCCAGGCAGAGGGUUCUGCUCACAGCCUCCCUCUUUACCUGCUGGCUUCUGUCCACCACUGCCAAGGUCACUAUCCAUUCACCGCUCCAAGUGGUUGAAGGACAAAACGUUUUUCUACGAGUUGACAAUCUGCCAGAGGAUCUUCUAGCUUUUGCCUGGUACAGAGGACUGAGAAAUUGGAGGGUCGCAAUUGCACUGCAUUUAGUGGAGUAUAAUGCAAGUAUGACAGGGCCUGAGCACAGUGAUAGAGAGAUAUUGCACAGCAACGGGUCCCUGUGGAUCCAAAAUGUCACCCAGGAGGACACAGGAUAUUAUACUCUUCAAACCAUAAGUAAACAUGGAAAACUGGUAUCAAAUACAUCCACAUUUCUUCAGGUGUACUCCGCUCUUUUCACCUGUGGGCGUCCUACCUCCCCUGCCAAGCUCACUAUUGAAUCAGUGCCGCCCAGAGUUGCUGAAGGGGGAAGCGUUCUUCUCCUUGUCCACAAUCUUCCAGAGUAUUCUCAAUUAUUUUCCUGGUACAAAGGCUUGACUUUGUUUAAUGAGGUUGAGAUUGCUGAAUACAAAAUAGCCAAGAAUUUAAGCGAUCCAGGCCCUGCCCACAGCGGUAGAGAGAUAGUGUUCAGCAAUGGAUCCCUGCUGCUCCAGAAUGUCACCUGGAAAGACACUGGAUUCUACACCCUACAAACUGUGAAUGGAUUUCGGGAAAUGGAAUUAGCACACAUUUACCUUCGGGUGGACACCCCGUGCUGUGACCCUCCUGACUCUGCCCGACUCAGGAUUGAUCCAGUGACAUGUCAUGCUGCUGAAGGGGGAAGUGUUCUUCUCCAGGUCCAUAAUCUGCCAGAAGAUGUGCAAACCUUUUCCUGGUACAAAGGUGUGGAUAGCACUCCAUACUUUAGAAUUGUAGAAUACAGCAAAGCGAUGAAGUCCAUUUUCAGUGGCUACGCACACAGCAGAAGAGAGACAGGGUACACUAAUGGAUCCCUGCUGCUCCAGGAUGUGACUGAGAAAGACACUGGCUUCUACACACUAUUAACAAUAGACAGCCAUGUGAAAGUUGAAACAGUGCAUGCACAAGUCAACGUCCACAAGCUUGUGACACAGCCUGUUGUGAGAGUCACGGACAGCACAGUUAGAGUACAGAGCUCAGUGGUCUUCACUUGCUUCUCAGACAACACUGGGGUCUCCAUCCGUUGGCUCUUCAACAAUCAGAGUCUUCAGCUCACAGAGAGGAUGACCCUGUCCCCGUCAAAGUGCCAACUCAGGAUACAUACUGUGAGGAAGGAGGAUGCUGGAGAGUACCAAUGUGAGGCCUUCAACCCAGUCAGCUCAAAGACCAGUCUCCCAGUCAGCCUGGCCGUGAUGAAUGAGUGACCCCUCCUCUCAUGCUAUAUCAGGGUGGGGACAUUUCUGUAUUGAGAUGUCCACACCUACCCACCCCUGCCAGUUACAGAUUUCAAUUCAUUUGAAUGGCCAGUUGGCCAUCUCUCCCAUCCCUCCCCACACCUGAUCCUGAAUCCCUCCAUUUUCUCCCAUAUGCCCUCUCCUACCCAGUUCCCUCCCUCCAUAUGCCUCCUCCUACUAUUUUCUCCCCUUCUAUGUGAGAUUCAAGCAUCCCUCUUUGGGCUUCCAACUUUUUAGUUUCUUUGGGUCAGUGUAAAGUAGUGUGUGUAUCUUGUAUUUUAUGACUAAUAUCCACUUAUACGUGAGUACAUAUCAUGCAUGCCAUUUUGAGACUGGGUUACCUUACUCAGG